AUGGAGUUGAGGGUGAAGGUGCAGCGGAAAGGACGCGGUGGCGAAUGUGUUAUUCAGUUUCGUGCGGGAAAGAUGAUUUUUAAGGAGGGCAAAGUCGAACCGGAUCGCCGCAGAGGGACUUUGUCGUUUUUUAAGAUGCCGAACAAUGACGUGAAAAUGACGUGGAUUUCAGGAAGCGAGGAAGAGCAGCACAUACUCCCUCGAGGAGAAGUGAAGUUCAGUCAAGUAGAAAAAUGUACUACAGGAAGGGUGUUUUUGUUCGACUUUGGUACUAAACAACCCCCAAUUUUUUUUUGGCUUCAGGAAAAAUCAACUGAAAACGAUUCCGUAUAUCUUUCUACAAUACACGAACUUAUUGGAGAAGAGAAUCGACCGAAUGUUCGAACACGAGCUGAACUUGACGUUGUCCUCCAGGAUAUUCUUCGAAGUAUGCGGAAUGGUAGGGAACAAGAUGUAGAUUUGGUUGAUAUCAUUGGGUCAAAGAAACUUCUUGACGCUUUACAUGAAGAUCCUGCCUUUUUCAUGUUCAAGCUGCACCAGUUUCUCCCCGAGGGGACCGAUCCAACGGUGGAUGUAGUGGAACAGGUGAGAAAUCCACAGGUUUCUGCUGCAGCAGCUUCUUUGGGUUCGGCCCUUCGUAAUCCUCUUGGAUUCCGUGAAAUUUGUACGGCCUUUGGGGUUAGUGGAUCCAAUCCGAGCGUUUUUGGGUUUCUUUCUGGAGUUAUUAAGCUUUUUAAGAAGUAA